CUGCCAGCUAAAUUUUUAGCAGGUGUACCAAUUUUGCAGGAUAAAGUGAAACUGAAACUAACGGGUGUUAGUUUGUACACAACAACAAGCAUUCCUUGACCGGUUACGUUGAAAUUCUCCACUAAAUUGGCUUCCUCGUCGGUGCAACCAUGGAUCCGAUGGACGUUGACGGAGAAAUGUACGGUGAUGGCGGCAUGGACGGCGACGGCCAGAACGGAGGAUUCAGGGGCGGCAUGCGAGGAGGCCCCCGGGGUGGUUUCAGGGGCCGUGGACCAGCAGACUUCGGAGCUAGAGGGCCUCCGCCCGGCAUGAGACCACCGCCUCACUUCAGAGGACGCGGCUUUCCGGGGCCUGGAGGGCCGAGAGGACCGCCCUUUCGAGGGCCGCCACCGCCUCCUGGCCACUUUGGCAGGGGUAGGUUCAGGGCCCCGUUCGAUCCAAAUUGGGGACCCAUGCCGCCCCACGGCAUGCCUCCGCACAUGAUGGGUGGCCCUCCGGCUGCCUCGCCUGUGCCUGGAGUUGACUUGAAUGGAGAGAUUUGGGUGGAGACGAAAGCAUCGGAGGGGAAGUCGUACUACUACAACGCGAGGACGAGGGAGACAACGUGGACGAAGCCCGAGGGACCAUCGGUACAGAUCAUCUCGCAGGAUCAGGUAGAACAAAUGGCGGCACAGGCAAACAGUGGUGCCGGCCAGGCAGGGGGAUCGACUCAGACCGCCGCGCAGGCGGCUGUAGCCCAAGCACAGGCUGCCACUCAAAAGUUUUCAGAGGAGGAUGGCGGUGAGCAGGACCAGGAAGGGUAUGGCCAUCCUGCUAUGAUGUACGGGGGACCGCCGCCUUACGGGGGGAUGCCGCCGCCCUUUGGGAUGCCUCCUCCAGGCGUAGGAUAUGGUGAGGGACCACCUGGAAUUCAAAACAACUGGCCGCCGAUGCACAGCUACAACAAUUUCAGUGUGCCUCAGGUUCCUGGCGAGGAGGGAGAGCCGCCUCAGGUGAACGUAGGUCCAGACCUUGAAAUGAAAGCCGCUGAGUGGACCGAGCACAAGGCACCCGACGGUCGGCCCUACUAUUACAAUGCGAAAACAGGAGAGUCGGUGUGGGAGAAGCCCCAGCCGCUCAAAGACCUUGAACUCGCCAGAAUGACUCGUGCAGCGUCUGGCUUAGCAGCUAUGGGCGAAAUCACCUCGCAACAGCCAGAACCCUUCAAGCCCGUGGAACAUGUGCCUGUUGUCGAGAAAAAACCAGAGCCUAUCAUGGCCGCCAAGAUUGCUGCUGAUGCUGAAAAGAACUUGGACACUCUGAAAGCGAGCGUCAAAGAGGAGGAUAACCAGGUCAACAUGAGCCUAAAAAAGCAGGACAAGUCUCGACCAGUGUCCAGCACUCCUGUCCCUGGAACGCCUUGGUGUGUCGUAUGGACUGGAGACGGCAGAGUGUUUUUCUACAACCCCUCGCAGCGGGCCAGUGUCUGGGAGAGACCAAGCGACCUAGUGAACAGGACGGACGUUGAAAAGCUGAUUGAAAAGCCGCCCGAGGCUGUGAAGAAGUGCCAACAGGACGCCUCGAGCGACAGUGAAACCGAGGAACCCGCCUCCAAGAAGGCGAAGGUCGAGGAGGACAAUAGUGAUUCAGACACGAAAAAGAAUGUGACGAAUGGCAAGACAAUUGACACCAGUAAGGAGGCCGCUAUGGAGGCUGAGGUUAGAGCCGCCAGGGAAAGAGCGGUCGUGCCGCUUGAGGCCAGAAUUAAACAGUUCAAGAGCAUGCUCCACGAGAAACAGGUGUCUGCCUUCUCGACAUGGGAGAAAGAGCUGCACAAAAUUGUGUUUGAUCCUCGCUACCUGCUCCUCACGUCAAAGGAGCGGAAGCAAGUGUUUGAGAAAUAUGUGAAGGAAAGGGCUGAGGAAGAAAGGAGGGAAAAGAGGAUGAAAAUGAGGGAGCGGAAGGAUGAUUUCCGCAAGCUGAUGGAGGAGGCAAAACUGAGCGGAAAGUCAACAUUCAGCGACUUUGCUCAGAAGCAUGGCAAAGAUGAGCGGUUCAAGAACAUUGAAAAAAUGAGAGAGCGAGAGAGCUUGUUCAAUGAAUACAUUGUCGAGGUGCGGCGCAAAGAGAAAGAUGAUAAAAAGCAAAGGAGAGAAACUUGCAAAAAGGAUUUCAUCGCUCUCCUGAAAGAAACUGAAGGCAUUGAUAAGAAUUCCAGGUGGUCGGACAUCAAAAAGAAAAUCGAUGACGACAAAAGGUACAGAGCCGUCGACUCGAGCAGCAACAGAGAAGAUUGGUUCUACGACUAUGUCAAGUCCUUGAAGGAGGAGAAGAGAGACAAGCACAGAGACAAAGAUUCUGAUAGGCACAGCAAAGGUGAAUCUAAAGACGAUGACAAAAAAGAGUCAGACCAGAAUGUAAGUUCAUUAACGAAUAACGCAAAAGAAGGUGACCAAACCGAUGAAAAAAAUUCAGACGAUGAGGAAAAAGACAAGUCAGAGGAUGAGAACGAAAAAGAGAAGGAGCGAGAAAAGAAAGAGAGACAAGAGGCGAGCCUGAGGGAGCGAGAAAAGGAGGUGCGCCAAACUCUGGCCUCUCACAUGCGUGAGCGCGAUAAGGAACGUGAGCUGCACAAGCACGACGAAGCUGUCCAGCAGUUCACCGCCCUGCUCGUCGACCUGGUGCGAAAUUCGGACCUGACUUGGAAGGAGGCGAAGCGCAUGAUGCGCAAGGACAGUCGGUGGGACUUGGUCAGCCUACUCGAGCGGGACGAGAAAGAGAAGUAUUUCACGCAGCACAUUGACCAGUUGACUCGCAAGAAGCGGGAAAAGCUGAGGGAGCUGCUUGAUGAGACUCAGGAGGUGACGCUUACCUCGACGUGGAAAGAAAUUCGCAGAAUUAUCAAAGAGGAUCCACGUUACAGCAAGUUCUCUUCCAGCGAGAGGAAAUGCGAGAGAGAAUUCAAGGAAUACUUGAAAGAUAAAUUGGUGGCAGCCAAAGCCGAUUUCAGAGAAUUGUUGAAGGAGACUAAAAUGAUAACCUACAAGUCCCUAUCAGAGGGGUCACAACAUUUGCACGAUAUAGAGGAAGUUUUGAAAAAGGACAAACGCUAUUUGGUGCUGGACCAUGUCACAAGCGACCGCAAAAAGAUGCUGUUGACCUACUUGGAGGACUUGGAAAAGAAGGGCCCACCUCCGCCGCCGACGGCGUCUGAGCCGACCCGCAGAGGCAUCAAAUAGUUUUAAGCAGUAGUUUCCGCGAGAAAAAACUGAGGUACCCUUCAUGCAAUUGAACGUAGUACUGCAUUCUUUUAAUUUAAGCCUCGUAACAUUUUUUUUGUGGAGGUGGUAUAUUGUGUGCCCGCGCAGACCUAAUCCAAAUUUUGUGGCUGAUCAAUUGGGCUUGCGUUGCACACUCAAUUGAUUAAAAAAAUAAAUGUAUUGAAGAAAGAAUA